AAUCACGUGAUUAGUCCGUAUCCACGCAAGACGGCCAGCGGUCUGUCCGCGAUAUCCGUGCUCGGUCCCAAAUCUCACUUUUCCAACUUCGACAACAAAACACUGAAUGUAGUUUUGUGGACACCGUUGACAAGAUGGCCCUCCGGAAGGUCAAGGGAAACUUCGAGCGCAUGUUCGACAAGAACCUGACCGACCUGGUUCGUGGGAUACGAAAUAACAAGGAAAACGAGCCCAAGUACAUUUCACAAUGCAUGGACGAGAUCAAAGAAGAGCUGAGGCAGGAGAACAUGUCAGUCAAGGCGAAUGCGGUGGCAAAGCUGGCCUAUCUUCAAAUGCUGGGCUACGACAUCAGCUGGGCUGCCUUCAACAUCAUCGAAGUGAUGAGUUCUACAAAGUUCACCUUCAAGCGCAUUGGAUACCUGGCUGCCUCGCAGAGCUUCCACGAGGGCACAGACGUGCUCAUGCUCACCACAAACAUGAUUCGCAAGGACCUCAACAGCCAGGGCAUGUACGACUCCGGCACGGCCAUGAGUGGGCUGGCAUGCUUCGUGACCCCCGACCUCGCUCGUGACCUUGCCAACGAUGUCAUGACCCUGUUGACGUCUACCAAGCCGUACCUGCGCAAGAAGGCGGUGCUGCUCAUGUACAAGAUCUUCCUGCGCUUCCCCGAGGCCCUGCGGCCGGCCUUCCCCAGACUCAAGGAGAAGCUGGAGGACCCCGACCCUGGGGUCCAGUCUGCGUCCGUGAACGUGAUCUGCGAGCUUGCGCGCAAGAACCCCAAGAACUACCUGUCCCUGGCACCGGUCUUCUUCAAGCUCAUGACGAGCUCCACCAACAACUGGAUGCUCAUCAAGAUCAUCAAGCUGUUUGGUGCCCUCACACCCCUUGAACCUAGGCUGGGAAAAAAGUUGAUCGAGCCUCUAACUAACUUAAUCCACAGCACAUCCGCCAUGUCCCUUCUGUACGAAUGUAUCAACACUGUGAUUGCAGUCUUGAUUUCUAUAUCUUCAGGAAUGCCCAACCACUCGGCCUCCAUUCAGCUCUGCGUCCAAAAGCUGAGGAUCCUCAUUGAAGACUCUGACCAGAAUCUGAAGUACCUGGGUCUGCUGGCCAUGUCCAAGAUCCUGCGGACUCACCCCAAGAGCGUGCAGGCCCACAAGGACCUGGUGCUGCAGUGCCUAGAUGACAAGGACGAGUCCAUACGCCUCCGGGCACUAGACCUGCUCUACGGCAUGGUUUCCAAGAAGAACCUGAUGGAGAUUGUGAAGAAGCUGAUGGUUCACAUGGACCGGGCAGAGGGUAGUGCCUACAGGGACGAGCUGCUCUCCAAGGUCAUCGACAUCUGCUCGCAGAACAACUACCAGUACAUCACCAACUUCGAGUGGUACGUCAGCGUCCUGGUGGAGCUGACGCGCAUCGAGGGCACCAAGCACGGCCUGACCAUUGCCUCCCAGAUGAUGGACGUUGCUGUCAGGGUGCAGGCUGUCCGGGCAUUCAGCGUCUCCCAGAUGGCGGUGCUCUUGGAGAACACCCACCUGCUGGUGGGGAAUGGCCAGCGCAACAGCAUCUGCGAGGUCUUGUAUGCGGCCGCCUGGAUCUGUGGAGAGUAUUCCGACCUCCUGGAGGACCCCCGGAGCAGCCUGGACUCGCUGCUGCGGCCGAGGGCCUGCGUGCUGCCCCCGCACAUCCAGAGCGCCUACGUGCACAACGCCCUGAAGCUGUGGGCCCGCAUGCUAGCCCAGGAGGAGCGGGCCAACCUGGGCGACUCUGAGAGCAGCCUGAGCGAGGGGGGUCAGGAGGCGUGCACCCUGCUCUGCCAGCGGCUGCCCCUCUUCGUGCACAGCGGGGACCUGGAGGUGCAGGAGAGGGCGUGCUGUGCCCUCCACCUGGUGCGUCAAGUGAGCAAGAUGCAGGCGAGGGGUGAGAGGGUCGGGGAAGAGCUGAGGGCCCUCUUUGCGGGGGACCUCAACCCCGUGGCGCCCAAGGCCCAGAAGAAGGUGCCCUUGCCCGAGGGUUUGGAUCUGGACCAGUGGAUCAACGACCCGCCUUCGGAGUCAUCUGAAGAGGAGGAGGAGGAUACUGUGGCAGAGAUAUUCAUUAAGACUGACAGAUCUUCAUCACACUACACAGAGAAGAAAUAUGACCCCACUGACGAGGAACUGGAAAAUAUGCGGGAGGCUAGGAAGCAGGAACAGGCCAACAACCCACACUAUCUCAAGGCCACCCCCAAGAGCAGGUCAAGCAACGGCCACAUCCAAGGGGUUGGCGUGGAGGACAUACCGGUGGCCGAGAUUGACCUGUCUGUACCCCUGCACAUUCCAGGGCUGAUCUCGUCGGACAAGUACCUGAGCGCCAGUCGCAAGGCGCGCGAAGUGGCAGACGGCGAGGAAGGUGGCGACCGGCGGAAGAAGAAGAAGAAGAGGAGGAGAAGGAAGGGGGAGGAGGAAGAGGAGGAGAGGAGGCCUCCCCCGGAUGUCCCCUCGGAGGAGGAAUUGCCCGCGGAGGCGGUGAACACGUCCCUGGGCGAGAUGCCCGAGGGGGCACGGCUGACGGACGACGAGGACGACGACAGGCACAAGGACGACCCCCACCGGGCCCUGGACAUUGAUCUCGAGCAGCCACUGCACGAGGAGAGGCCCCCCAGGCACCAGGACCACCCCAGCGUGCUGCCGGACGUGACGCCAGAGCUGGAAGAGCCACAGGACGGCCCCCGCUCACACAAGCGGGACGGAGACCGGAAACACCGAAAGAAGAAGAAAGAGCACCGGCACAAGUCCAAGGAGCGCAAGCACCGCCGUCGGGAGGAGUCGCCGCCUGCAAACGCGGUCGCAGAGACGGUCGACGGGGAGCAGAGCGCGGGAGACGCUCCGGCGACCCAUGCCAAGGAGGACCUUGACUUUUGGCUGUCUCCGGCUGCUACGAGGGAAGGGACCGACGAAACGGCAGAAGCUUUGACUUCGGCUGCUCCGGCGGCUGAAGCCAAUGGUCAAGACGUGCCACUGUCCAGGUCACGGGAGAAGGGAACCCGCAAGAAGCGCGAGUCCUCCAGGAAGAAGCGGAAGAGUGGCAAGGGGGAGGAGCACUCUGCCAUGCUGCUGCAGCAGGACACGCCCAAGGACAAGCGAGAGUACGAGGAGGCCCCAGGGAUCACCACGCCCUCCAAGGAGCCGGGGGUGGCCAUGACCCCCAUGACACCCUGCAUGCCACCCCCUGCAUCCAACUACAAGUUGCUUGCUGACGACCAGAAUGUCAAACUGGUCUACGAGGUGCGUCCCCUCCCCGGAGUGGUGAACCAGGUGGUGGUGUCAAUCAUCUUCACUAACCAGAGCAGCUGCCAGCUCAAGGAGAUGGAGUUGGGCAUCCUCGACACCCUCAACACCAAGCUGGUGCGGGGGGUGGACUCGCACGACGGCGUUAAGGUGCCCUUCCAGCUCCCCCCCUGCACGGCCAACGAGGGCCAGUUUGCGUUCACCGUGGACAGCGUGAGCAUGGCGCAGCGGCUGCGGGGAACCUUCACCUACAUGCUGGUGACGGACACGGGUUCUACGCAUGAGAAACUGGACUUCAAGCUCCACCUGCCGGUAUCUUCGUACCUCAUAGGGACCAUGUACAAGCGGGACACGUUUGCCGAGCUCCUGCGUGGGGGGGAGCUGUCGGCCAAGAGCGGCUUCACGCUGGACGCAGUGGAGUUUGAGUUCUCGCACGUUCUCUCCAAGAUCUGCUUCCACUGCCACUUCACAGUGGUGGAGCAAGUGGAGCUGAGUGCUUCGCUGUACAGCCGCUCCAUACAGGACGACCACAUCUGCCUGCUGGUCAAACACAUGAAUCCCAAUCGUCUGCACGUGGACGGCAAGAGCACCAACGGGCAGCUGCUCUCCAGCCUGAUGGACGAAGUUCGGGCCCUGCUGUCUGCAAGCGCUUCCUAGGAACCCGCUCCUCAUUCCAGGCAACCUGGGGCAGGGACUUACUCGUCCUUUGACCUCCAGAUGUCUCUUCAGCGGAACUCUGCAACGGAAGUCGUCCCGUCGGGACGGCCUGUGCUCGUCACCUUUGAGCGUCUCUUGAGCAAAAGUCCUCGGUGGGAUUCUUCAGCUUCAGCAAAACUUGUCCCGCCGGGACAGCCGGUCGUUUCUCACCCUCGAGCGUCUCUUCGGCAAAGUCUUCAGCAGAACUGCUUGGACGCUGUGUAACCAAGCGAUGGCCACGCUGCGGAAAACUGGGCAACGUGCGAGUUAUUUAUGUAAAUGUUCACGUGGUCGAGUUGCAAGGUGGAGACUUUUUUUUCUUCCUAACUUUUGCCGUCGGGACAGCCUGUUUUUCUUUCCUUGUAAAACUAUCAAAACAGUUUCCAGUCUGCUUCCUGCAAGGUUUUCCUUUUUUUUCCCCUUCUUGAUUUUCCAUUAAAUACAAAAGCGAAUUAAGUGCUUAUGUGAACAGAUCGGUGGAAACAAGUGCUUCAAAGCGGUACGACUGUUUUGUUUAGGCUAGCGUGAGGAAAAAAAUGGUUCCAUUGUGUGAGAAACAUGCCGACUGACGGAAGCAUUAAAGAGUAUUUUACACGUUUGCAAACUUA